AUUUUUUUUUUUUUUUUUUUUGGGAUUGUUGGGUAAAUUAUGAAAGGGGCAGUGGUUGAGCAGUCUCAUACUGAGAAGACUGAGGAUGUUGAUAAGGACAAGAAGAAGAGGCGUCGAUCCAAUCGACGAUCCAAACACAAUUCUUCUGUUUCAGUAGCUUGUGGUUCGGUAAAUGAAUUACGUGCAGAACCAUCUGAAAUUGCGGGGAGUGGCAGCCCAUCAAAUAUGGAGCGACUGCCCAAAGCAUCUAAUGUUGCUUUCAAUUCUUUGCCAACAAUGGAUAUAAAUGAACAAGAAGCACCACAGGAAGGUAAUAUGCAAAAUCAGCAAGUUUUUUCAGCUGAUUUUGGUGGAAGAAAGUUUUCAAAAUCAUGUCCUGAGACGCUUGUUUGUGAGGAGUCAAUGUGGUCAUAUGCAAAUAAGGAUCUGAGAAAAUAUUUUGCUCCACACUGGUCUGUCGAAGCUGUUAAUGAGGCAUUAGAGAAAGGUCAUGUCUUUAAAGCGCUUUUUCGUGUGAAUGCUCACAACAGACUUCAGGCCUAUUGUAAAAUUGAUGGAGUUCAAUUGGACGUCCUCAUCAGCGGAAUUGCUGCUCACAAUAGAGCUGUGGAGGGUGAUAUUGUUGUGAUUAAAGUUGACAAUUUGUCAUCAUGGACUAAUAUGAAAGGGUCUGCUGAGACUUUCAACAAUUCUGCGCCUUUGGAUGAUUAUAACUCUCUCUCUCAAGUCACUGAGUUAGUUUGUGAUAGCUGCCAAGGAAAAAAUAAGGUAGACAUGGGUUAUGAAUAUGUAAAUGGUACUUCCACUUGUGCAAAUGUUGGUCCAGAACUACUUGGACAUUGCACCUCUUCACCAGAUUAUAGUUAUAGCCCUAUUGAUGGACAUUGUCCCUUUGUGCUGGAUCCUUCUCAGACAGUUUGUUCAAAUGAACAGAAUGAUGUCACAAUUUCAAUGGAGAACUUAUGUGCGAUAAUAAGUUCAUUCCCAUCAAAACGACCAACUGGAAAAGUUGUGGCUAUCAUUGAAAGGUCUCAUCGUCGUGAUGCUAUUGUCGGAUUUCUUAGUGUUAAGCAGUGGCUUUCUAAUAGGGAAGGUCGCAAAAAGGACAAGAAGAAGAAAAAAAAUUCAUUGUUAUCUCCCAAUCAGGAGUACAUCACGUUGACACCAACUGACCUGAGGUUUCCCAAAAUGAUGGUAUUUUUGAGAGACCUGCCUGACAUUAUCAAGAAAAGAUUGGACGAUGGUGAUGCAACAAUUGAAAUGGAACUUGUAGGUGCAUGUAUAGAUGAUUGGGGGGAAGAAAAUUGUGUCCCACGUGCUCAUGUCAUGCAUAUUUUUGGAAGGGGUGGAGAGAUUAAACCACAGAUUUCUGCAAUUUUAUUUGAAAAUGCAAUUCAUUCUUCUGAAUUUUCUCCUGACUCACUUUCUUGCUUUCCAUGUGUUCCUUGGGAGAUUCCACCAGAGGGAUUUGAAAACAGAAGUGACCUAAGAAAUUUGUGCAUAUUUACUAUCAACCCUUCCACUGCCACUGAUCUUGAUGAUGCACUAUCAGUUGAAAUGUUAUCCAAUGGCAUUUGCAGAGUUGGUGUGCACAUCGCAGAUGUGUCAUAUUUUGUUCUACCAGACACAGCACUAGAUAUAGAUGCUCAAAUUCGUUCCAAGAGUGUCUAUUUAUUGUGGGGUAAAUUACCCAUGUUGCCCUCAAUGCUUUCAGAGAAUCUAGGCUCACUUAAUCCUGGAGUAGACAGACUUGCCUUUUCGAUUUUCUGGGACAUCAGUUUAACUGGGGAGCUUCUGGAGCAGUGGAUUGGCCGUACUGUUGUACGAUCUUGUUGCAAACUCUCCUAUGAACAUGCUCAGGACAUUAUUGAUGGGUUGUUUGAUGUGGGGAGUUUUAGUACCUCAAAAAAUGGUUUCCCUCAGUUGCAUGGCGACUUUCAAUGGUCUGAUGUUAUUAGAUCUGUUAAACGCCUUCAUGAAAUUUCACAGACAUUAAAGGAGAAGAGGUUUAAUGAUGGGGCAUUGAGUCUUGAAAGCUCCAAAGUGGUUUUCUUAUUUGAUGAAGACGGCAUGCCAUAUGAUAGUAUACUUUCUGAAAGGAAGGACUCAAAUUUCCUAGUUGAGGAGUUUAUGUUUUUGGCUAAUAGGACAGCUGCUGAAGUAAUAUCUAAAGCUUAUCCUGGUAGUGCAUUGUUGCGGAGGCACCCUGAACCUAACCUGCAAAAGCUCAGAGAGUUUGAAGCUUUUUGUAGCAAACAUGGUUUCGAAUUGGACACUGCUUCAGGCCAGCUUCAUCAUUCAUUGGAGUGGAUUAGAGAAAAACUCAAGAAUGAUUCUGUGUUGUUUAACAUUGUUGUGUCAUAUGCAUCAAAACCAAUGCAAUUGGCGACCUACUUCUGUAGUGGAGAUUUAAAAGACAGUGAGAGUGAGUGGAGGCAUUAUGCUCUGGCUGUUCCUUUCUACACUCAUUUUACUUCACCACUGCAUAGGUAUCCGGAUAUUGUUGUACAUAGGACAUUGGCUGCUACAAUUGAAGCUGAAGAGAUGUACUUAAAGCACAGAAAAAUGCCUCAAAAACUGAACAUUUGGGACGAAUUUCCAAGAAGAUGUUUCACUGGAGUCUGUUUUGAUAAAGAUGCAGCAGAAUCAAUUGAAGGCCAGGAAGCAUUAUCUGCUGCAGCAUCAAAACACAGAAUUCCAUGCACAGAAAUACUGUCAGACAUAGCUGCUCAUUGCAAUGAGAGAAAGCUGGCUGGUAGGCAUGUCAAGGAGGCUAUUGAAAAACUCUACAUGUGGUUUGUUCUUAAGAAAAAGAAGAUUUUAUUGACUGAAGCAAGGGUAUUGGGCCUUGGGCCAAGAUCCAUGUCUAUAUAUGUUCACAAGUUAGCUAUUGAGCAGCGUAUAUAUUAUGAUGAAGUUGAAGACCUGAUGGUAGAAUGGCUCGAUGCUACGUCCACAUUGGUACUCAAUUUAUCUACACAUAAGCGCCUCCAAAGGAGAGGUAGCCCAGGUAAAUGCAGGACACUUGAAGAUGUUGCUUUAAUAAUGAGCCCAUUUGACUUGGCAUUUGAUUUUCCUGGAGAUAGUGGUAACAGGGGUGGCGCAAAAGCAAUUAAUGAUCUAAGCACUAGUUUUGCAUCACAAACAGUAGGGGAUACUGGUGUAUCCAUUUCAAAAUCUGAAUUUUCAGAUGGUAUUGAGAUUGAACCUCCCGUGUUUCCCCUCACAGUGAGCCUGUUCUCAACAAUACCUAUUGCCCUCCAUGCAGUUGGUGGAGAUGGUGGCCCUCUUGAUAUAGGGGCAAGGCUGUACAUGAGCUCAUAUUUAAGGUGAUGUGGAGAUUGGGAGUAAUGUCCUAGGUGUUGUAAUUGAUGGAGUUAUGAUGUUGAAACAGAGUUGUUUUUGGUUAUGAACAAGCUCUGUUGUAGAUAUGGUGUACUGUAUAGUUCAAUGGUUCAAAGUAGUUUUGGAAACCAAAAAAAACUAUGGCUGAAGCAUUGUGUUUAUAUACAUCUGGUGGCUGAAGCAUUGUGUUUAUAUAGAUCUGGUGGGAGGUGUAUAUAAGGGAGGAUUUUCUUCCAUGCUAUUAUUUAGUGGCUGAUUUUUGUUAAAGCUGCUUGUGGGAAUAGGCCCUUGUUUUUGUUGGCCAUUUCCGUCUAGGAUUAACUCGGUUUGACCGUGUCUGUAUCCGGUGUUUUAAUGCUAUGCAUCGGAGUCUAAUUCAUGUUUUAGCUUUGUUGGACUGCAACCCAAUUAUUUUUAAUGUUGGGUGUCCUAUUGUAUUUGUAUUUGAAUUGAUUUUCUAUGUUUCUGAGACGUUGAUGCACUUUUGGCUGCCAAUCAGCGUACUGUUGUGUAAUCUUCUAGUUGAAUAACACGGGUUUUGUCUUCCUUAA